GCUUUGUGUUGAGUGGAGGCGAUGGGAUUGGGAGAUUGUAAAAGUAAUCAAGGGACUAGUAAUUGGUGAUGCUUAUUUUGUUUGUUGUAUGGGGAGUAUCAUCCUCCGGUGUUACCUAAACAUUGUCCCUGGUUGUAUACUUAUCGACCGGGAUUGUGUGGAAGUAGAAAUGGAAGAUUACUCGCAAGAUGUCAUAGUAUCAACUGAGAAAGGCUAUUUAGUGCGGAUAAUAAUCAAAGUUAGUUAUUUAUCCGGUCCACCCCAGCCUGAAUUUCCGGACAAUUGUAAAUUUAAAUGGUUAGCCUGGCGAUUGGGUUCACGGCCUAAAGAUUAUAUAUUGUUGGAUAACCAUAAGGGCAAGGGUCCGCACUGGCAUGAUAAUGAAAAAGAAGAAUUUUUUACUUGGGUUUCAUUAUCAGAAACGAAAAAAUUGUUUUUUUCCAUGGCUUACCAGAAGUUUGUAAGUAAGAUGUUUGACGAAAUGGAACAAGCAGUUAAAAUCAAAACUAGGAGUAUUCAGCCCAAAAAUGUGGUUAUUACUAACAAUGUAGAGGUUAUUUAUCAGGUCUUAAAUAAACCUCGCUUAGAUUUAUACUCUUAUUUAGUAGCCAAACAACCUAAUUCAGUGGCUGAAUUAUCUAAUUUACUAAAAAGGGAACCAGCCGAAGUAGUAGAGGACCUUAAUAUGCUAGUUGAUUUAGGAAUAGUUCGGUUGACAGCAGAAUCUAAACCAAUUGCUCUUUAUGAAAAAGUGGUGAUUGAAUUUCCGGCCCUGAUUG